UUCAGAUAUUACUGAACAACUAUGCAUAGGAGUGCUGCAGAUAGAUCGUUCAUUCAGCAAGAUGACUGCGUGUGGCCUGUUUUGUCUGGAUGCUAGGCUACCGAUGCAUUUAAUGCAAUUGCUCACAAGUUAUGCUAUAGUACUCCUACAAUUUGCUAUUCUGUAAAGUACACUCGUUACAUGGGUAUUUGGUGGAUCAAGAUGUGGGUUGAUGUCACAAAAGGCAAAAUAGGUUGGCGCGUAUUGUUCCUUUGAAUUAAGUCUGAAUUGUAAAAAUACUAUGAUAAUAAUUGUGCCUGUUACGCGUAACUUUUUUUGAAUUCAUCUGUUAUGUUAAAGUGUUAUUGUGCUGAAUUAAUGUCUAAUAAUUAAUGGUCUAAUAGCCAAGAGCCUCGACCAAUACCUCAUAAGGCUCUCGAUAGGCGGCUGGAUCAAGGGACUGGAUUUUGGCAGCCUCUUUGAUACGGUCAUAUUGUUUCUGUCUCCGGAAUCUAAGACCCUGUUCACCAUAUCGGUGUCCACCUUUAUUUAAUAUUUUUAAAUGUUUUUUUAACUAAUAUUUAAGAUAUAUAAGAUCGAGAGGUGUGGAGACAAAAUAGGGAGGCCUUUGCCCAGCAGUGGGACAAUAUAGGCUACGAAAUAUAGAUGUUUAUGAAAAUAAAUAAAUGAGAAUGAGAAUAUUAAAUAAAUUGCAUUUUUACAAGUAUUUCGAUCCAAAUCAUUGUGGGAUUCUGCAACCAAAUACUUUCUAGGGCAACAUUUUAACGCAGCCUGACGUUUAGACAACUAUUAUAAUACUCAUUUAAACAAAGUUUUCAGCAACAGUGUUGUUGCUCAGCAACAGUGUUGUUGCUGAGCAACAAUGUUGAUCAACUGUCAACAUUUUACGAGCCUUUACAAACCUGUUAUUUUUGGAAUUCAACAUUCAUUAAUAAAAAAGUUUAUCAAGUUCCGACUUACACGAUAAACGAACAAACAACUGAUGACGAUGUCAAACUAUCAUUUAAAUGUUAAAAUAAUUACUUAAACACUGUUCGAUCGACUUUACGAACGCCAUUCAGAAUGAUCAUGACAACUUCAAAGGACAUGUAUACCUAUUUAAAAAAUAAAUUGAAGUUUAAAAGAAUAGAAACUAUAAUUGUUCCAACAUGUAAAUCUGAUUUAUUACAAAAUAACAAAAUAGAGGAUGAUCUACAAUCGAUGCUGAGGCCUUUGAAUUUCAUGCAAAAUAUUUUACUUUACGCCAAGUAUUCCAUUCGUAACAAUCAUAUCUAUUGCAAUACUUAUUUCUACAACUGUUUUAGUUUGUUUAGCUGGUUUAUUUAUAGAUGUUUCAGCUUGAUUCAUUUAAUCAGUGUUAUUAAAAGUGCUGCUAGCGGAAAGAAAGGAUGGGGCGAGCACUCCACGCGGUACUUUAUUUUUGCCAGUGUUGUGGACUAUGUAAUUUUCGUAAUCGGAGAUUUGACUCGUGCAUUCUUGAAUAUCACCCAAAGUCAGCAUAAUGUCUCUUUAAUCCUCAAAAUCCAGCACGUGCUCGAAGCCUUACAAAUUGAUAAAUUCAAACUUAAAUAUUAUGUGAUCUUCAACUGGUCUUUCAUUAUAUUUAUCAAUAGUUGUUUUAUAGUUUUCUUCUGCUUUUUCGUUUAUACUUUUGAUGAUGUCAGUGUUUUCGAUAUAUUUGCGGGGUAUAUUUCUAUCAACCAUGACACAAAUAUUAUGUUCACGAUAUUCUUUUUGAAACUGAUGACUAAAAUGCUUCGUGUGUGGAUAAAAAAAGUAGAAAAUUCGAGAAACCUUGAUAAUUUAGCAAGAAACGAGGACUGGGAUAUAUUGUUUGAUGUAUUUGCGAAUAUUCAAGAAGCUUACACGAUCUUAGACAAGAGUUGUCGACUAAUGAUAACUUAUUAUACAUUGUUUGUAUCGUACCUCAGUUUGCGUAACGUCUCCAUGGUCCUGUGUAUAAGAUCAUUUUUAGAUCUACAAUCACGAUUCAUCUUCCUGCCGGUGGCGACACAGAUGUGGAAUAUGAAAAACAUCGCCAUGGUAAUUUUGUUAGCUAUAGAGUGCGAGAAUUUCUAUGCUGCGUUAAGAGAUGUUGAGAGCACCUGCGUGAUGUUCAUACAGGCAAGACACCGUCAUGAUCCAAAUGUUUGCAAGAACGUGCUAAGAGUACAGCGUGCUAUGUUUCAUAAGAUGAGCGCUUGCGGCUUCUUCGACGUAGACGCCCAGUUGCCACUGCAGUUAUGCAGUUUUCUCACGUCCUACACUAUUGUCUUGUUACAAUUUGCGUAUCUUUGAUAAGACAAUUUUAAUGUGUUUUUUUAUAUGAAUAAAUUAUUUAAAAAUGUAAUGUUUUUUUUUACAACAGAAGCGAUGGGAAAGACGUCGUAUCUGGAAAUACUGUUACUUAUGAGAUGACCGUAAGAUGGAGGAGCAUGAAGAAGGAAAUAUGAUUGACCAACCCCGUGUUAGGGCAGGAUAGAUGAUGAAACGAAACUAAAGCCGGGUCGAAGGAGCUGCGGGAUAGUUUGAAAGGGCUCCAGAAGCAACAUGAUGGAUUUAAGUCAGUUAGUCUGCUAGUGCCCGUCACGCUGCCUCACGCACCCACAGCAGGCGAUGAUUUCCCACUAAAAAAAAAAAUUAAGAACUUUGUCAAUUUUCUUUAAUAAAAGACGCGUAAUAAUGAAUACAUAUUGGAAUAAUUUAUGAAUGUGUACAAUAAAAUUGUGUGCGCAUGAAUAGGUGAGACACACGAGUAAAAGUAACAUGAUACAUUAAAGUUAACGCAUCAUAUCUGAUAACACAUCAAAACAUUAGACUAAUCAGGUGAUAAACCUCCAAUAACCAAAUAUAAUGAGCCAAAUACAUAUACCAAAAUGGUAUAGCUACAUCAAUAAAGGUAAUAUUUGAAAACUGCCGUUUAGUCCACAAACUAAUUAAAAAUCGCCCUGACGUCAGCAUGCAUAAUAUUUUUAAAAUAUUCCAAAAGAAAAGAAAUCAAACGAUCAUCCUGAAUCCAGUACAUCACGAUAGUCGUCUCGAUAAUGAAGUUUUAAGAAUCAUUUAUCCUUUUAACUUUGCCUUUUUUCUAUUGCUGUCUUCAAAGUAUAGCAUACAAGAUAAUCGUAUCAUGCCCAUUGGGAUGCUGCGAAAGUGUCUCUCUCUCUUUAACGUUUUUUACGCCGGUGCCCUGAGUCUCUGCUUCAUUUAUUUCUAUAUCGUCACCAAUGAUUUCUCCAAAAGUUCGAUAAUCAUGUCAAUUAUCCAUGUUUCAGGAACCGUUACUUUUAGUAUGGGAUUGACAUUGAUUAUUGUAGGAAAUAUAGUUUUCGAAAACUAUAACAUCCAGCUUAUUAAGAUGAUCCAAUUUAUUAAUAGAGGCAUUGAUUUUAGUAGAAGUGUCAAGAGCUUUAUUUUUUACAACUGGAUCUAUGUUAUAUUUGUCUUUACUAUCGAUUUGUUUACGUACAUUUUUUUUAUGGUCACCCUUUAUAUGGAUGACUUAGGUAUUGUAACUUUAUGGGCCAGAUUAAUGUUCAUCUCAUAUGAUAUAAAUCGCGUAUAUGCCAUUCGUAUUAUAACAUUAUUAAGAAAAUAUCUCGAUGAAUGGAACAAAAAUGUGUCGCAAGUUAAUAAUGAAGAUGGAACACGUUUCAUGAAGUUAUUAGAGGU